AUGCCUCAAGAUGAGGUGAAAAGCGAAAGCACAGGCGAUACAGGAGACGAGACUUUUGAAGACGAGGACGUGAAUCCAUAUCGCACCUACGGCACUACAACAAAUGGAUUUGAUGGCGAUCAUCGACGGUAUAAAUGCUGUUGUGGACAUAUUCAUGCCAUGACCGGAAUGCAGAUCAUCGUCGCGCUUUUGAGUAUUACUGUAUUCUUCGACAUGUGGCAAGUAAUCGGAGGAGCUGCCGCAAAUACGCAGUUCGACCGAGGGCUACCGAUUCACUACAAGGUGCAGGCCUUGCAGCAGGAAUGGUGUUUUUCCGUAGCUUUUCUGUAUAUUUCACUUUUUGGCGAUCGCUCAACUGCUGUCUCAUUUCUACGCUCAAAUGGCCAUCUGAUCCAUUCACCGGAUGACGCUCAAUUGAGUGAGCUCAUAUCUUUCAUCGUGGCGUUAGCACUAUUAUUCGGCCCAAAGGCCAGUCGCGGUGCUAGUUGCUGCACCCUUUGA